ACGGAGAACUACGGGCCGGGCCGCGGCUUAGCGUAGGGAGCAACGACCGAGCCUCGGGACAGGGUCGAGCCCAGCCCCACAGUGCGGGGAGCCGCGGAGACGCGGGAAGAGCAAAGCGCACGAACCGAGGGCGGCAGCAGAGCGCGGGAUGAGCGCCGCUGUCGCCAUGGAGACAGCGUGGUGACGUUGCGUCGGCGUGAUAACGCCGCGGUGACGUGACUACGUUGCGGCGACGUCGUGACGUCACGCAUUCAGGCCCCGCCUCUCGGCGCGGUGAGACCGUCGCUUCGCACGCGGCUGUGCCGUGUCGCGCCGUAUCGCGAUGUCGGCCGCCUUCAGGAAAGCUGCCAAAUCGAGGCAGCGGCAGCACCGCGAGCGGGCACAGCCCGCCUGCAGGAAGAAGCUGGGGCUGCUGGAGAAGAAGCAGGACUACCGGCUGCGGGCACAGGACUAUCACAAGAAGCAAAAUGCCCUCCGAGCACUUCAGAAGAAAGCUCUGGACAAGAACCCUGAUGAGUUCUACUUCAAAAUGAUCCGUACACAGCUCAAGGAUGGAGUUCAUGUAAUUAAGCAGCCAAAGGAUGAAGUGACCCCUGAGCAGAUGAAACUGAUGAAGACACAGGAUCUUAAGUAUGUGGAAAUGAAGAGAGUGGCAGAAGCCAAGAAAAUCGAAAGGCUGAAGUCAGAGCUCCAUCUGCUGGAUGUUGAGGGGAAGCAGCCCAACAAGCACACGUUCUUUUUUGAUACUAAGAGAGAAGUUCAAGAGUUUGAUAUUGCAACUCAUCUGAAUACUGUUCCAGAGCUGGUAGACAGAGUCUACAACCGACCAACCAUUGCAACACUGCAGAAAGAGGCAGUGAAAGGAGCUACUGAUCCUGCUCAUUUAAAGAAAUUAGACCAACAAAGGAAGAAUCAGUACGACCUCCUGAAGCAGCGCAUUGAGCGAGAGAAGAGCAUGUUUGUGAUUGCACAGAAAAUCCAGACACGUAAAGAUCUUUUGGACAAAACUCAUAAAGUAAAGGUGAAGAAGGAGACAACAGAUGGCCCAGCUAUUUACAAAUUCAAGUUCCAGAGGAAGCGUUGAUCGUUCCAUUGAAGAAGCACUGCUGCAGUCCUUGUUUAGAAAGAGUUUUUUCCUUACAGUGAAGGAUCCAUUUGCCUUUCGUCACAACCUAACACUUGGUUGAAACAAAUUACCACGGGUCUGCAGUAGCCAUAAAUAUAUUUUAGCUAAUUAAUUGAUUAAUAAAUCAAAGAGUUUGUUCUCUUGGUAUUUACAGUGGGAAGCCACAAGAGGUGCCUGUCUGUCCUAGUAAUACACACCGUAAACCAUCCUUGUGAAGUCAAGGUCAGAAUACAGAGACUGGGAGAUGCAGGCAGCACACAAGGUAACAAAUGCUGGAACAGUUUCUGUUUAAGUUCUUGGACCACUGCAGUGCCUAAACCAUCAGACUUCAGAGCAGUUCUUUUUAGCUAAGUUUUCAAAACAGGUUAAAGUCGAAUCGUGAUCCUCCCAGUGACUAUUUUUGCCCUGCAUCCUUCCUGUUUUCUGCUUUAUCUGUCUGCACUUUGAAAUUUGAGAGGUGAAAGACAUCAGCUAACGAUGGCACCUGACUUCUGCAAUGCAGCCUUAGCAAAGACUUUUGGAAUGGCUCUGGAAGCAGAGGAAUGCUUCACUCUUCACACGCUGUUUCUGUAGCUGAGAAGAGCACAUUUGUAGGUGUAGCUGUGCUUAUUUUACCCUGUGCCUUACAACAGAGCAGUGCCCACGUAACCAAACUGCCAAUGCGACCAGCAAGCGUGAGCAGAGGCAAUACUGAGAUGUACAUACAAGGACAGGCGAUCCAAAAGGCAAAUGUAGGACAAAAGUUUGUGCUGUUUAUGUUGUGCUGGUUGCAGCGUUGGUAGUUGGGAGGGGGUUUCAAUUGAAAACAAUGGAGACAUAUCACUGAGUGUCCUGGAGCAGUUCAGGCAAGUAGGAGAGCCUGGGCGUAAACAUUCCUUUUCUUAUCUCUUUGCUUGGAAUACAGCUGCCAAUAGUAAGCAUAUGCCUAUGCCAAGAUGGUUAAAAAAAAAAAAAAGAUGCUCUUCCCAAGCCCAUCCCAUUCAGUUUUCCCAUAUAGGCUCAAACACGACUCUUUUUUAGGUGCUGAAAUGCAGCUUUGGCUGUUAUUUCUGCCAUUGCAAAAGUUCCAAAUCCAGCAAGAGCUCUGCAGUAUUGUUUUUCCUCUGGGAAGCACAAAGGGAGGAGCUGUGCUUUGCCCUUAAAGGCAACUAAGACUUUUCCACGUGCAACAAGAAGUUUUGCUAAUUUGCUACUGAUGGCGUAAUGGAAAUCUCCCGUCGGAAAACGAGGUGGGAAAAAAGAAAAGAUGGGGAAAAACUCAACUCUCUUCUCCUUCCCGAUAGGAAACGAGGUCGGGGCCGGCAGAGGGCAGCAGCAGCGCACGGCCAGGCUGCAGGGGGAGCAGCAGAACAGCCCUUCUCUAUUACUGCAAAGGUUUCUUGGCUUCGAGACUGCAAUAGGGGCAGGCUUUGCUUCUUUGGCAGAGAUUUUUAUUAAACCUGAGGAUUUGAGCAGUGUAAUUUCUGAACUUGGAAAGCUUCAGUUAGCAAUAGUCAGAGACAUAUAAGAAGAGGGAUGAAAAGCACGCGAGAAAAAAAGCAAGCUCUAAGUGUCAGCUGUAUUUCUGGGACUUUAUAAUUGUGUUGGAGAAGCACACCGAGCUCCCAACACAGUGACUGGACUGAGAUUUGUAAGAAUAAAUAUUUUACCUACACUGAGAGUUGCUGAAGAGGAUGGGGAAGGCAGGAAGGAGGUGCUGCUGCCUGGCAGGGGCUGAGAGCAACAGCCUGAACAAGAGCCCACGAGUUGGUGCUGCGGGUGCCUCUGAGCCCUUUGGUAGAUUGAGUGCUGCAAUGGGCACAAAUCCCUGGAAGACAGCCAUUGCUCCCCAGUUGAAGGGGUGAGAUAUUAUGGGAUGUAGCGGGUAGCUGCAAGGCUUUGAGCUGUCAGUGCUGCUCACUGUGGAAGGUCCUAAGAUGGGUGCCAUAGCCACAGCUCUCCUGGUGCUGCCCUCAGCCUGCACGCAAGUGUUACGAGCUUUUGGGGGAGACAGCAGCUCUGUGCAAUCUGUACAGGGCACACAGAGCAAAAGCUGUACUUCUUCUCAGCUACUUUCUGCUGGGACACUAGGGAAAUCUCACCAAAGGGAAACAGGGCAUCCAGACUUAAGAUGAAUUCCCACUGGGAUGGAUGAAAGAGCUGCUCAGAUGCAGAAGGGCAGCAGGGAGCCUUACAGGACUGAGGACCUGCUCCUUCAGCCAAGAAAGAUAAAGGCAAUACAAGUGCCUUGGGAAGCAAGCAGCAUGUACGUGCUGAUGGCAGAGAGAAGAGCUGUUCACCAACAAAAGUGCACACAAGCUGCCCAGGAACAAAUCUGGGCUGGAAAUCAAGUUUUCUAGGAGGUUCUGGAAAAGCCUCUUGAUAAAAGAAGAUUGAAGCAAAAACAUCCUUUGUGAUGAGGGUUGCAGGACAGCCAUGCUUGCCAGCAGGCAGCCCCAUCCCUGCACGGAACCAAACCCCUCCCUGCAGCUCAUCCCCCAGACCUCACCCUUGUUGAUGCCUCAAGCCCUCACCCCAAGCAGUGAAAUCCUUCUGCGAGAGCCUGGGGAGAGCCAACCCCAGACAUGAACCCACUGCCCACCCAACCACAGUGGGAGAUCUGAAGGGCCCCACUGAUGGGAUCCCCAUAGGACCAGGACUGCCUGCAGCAAUUUUCUGCCUGCAAUAAUUACAGUAUCAAAAGGCUGAACCAACAGGUUCUUUAGCAAGGAGAUUCCCUGCAGCUUGCAAGAUACAGAUAUCAAAAUACCCCACAGAUUCAGCUCGGGUUUCAGGUGACUCAGAGUAAUAUUGUGCCAUUUAAUAAUUUCAUGUAAUUCCUUGUUCAAG